CUCAAAGAGAGGAAGCAGAGUGGCACCCGGCACCGUGCCUCAGUUUCCCUGUUUGUCCCGGUGGGGGCGUCCCAGAGCGGCCCAGCGGUGAGGCGGGGCGGGUGCACCCUCUGCCCUCUCCACACCAGCUCCGCCCCCGCGGCUGUCCAGAAAAGGUCCCGCGCAGUCUGCACUCUGUCCAGCCUUCAUGCGGUCGCAGUGAUGCAGGUCCCCACCGCGCCCACCCCGGCCCCUGGGGCUGGCUCCCCCAGGGACUCCCCGCGCGGCUCCCCGGGGCUCUUCAGGAAGCUCCUGGUGAACCAGAGCAUCCGCCUGCAGCGGCGCUUCACCGUGGCCCAUCCGCUGUGCUUUGACCUGGAAAAUGGGCUCUCAUGCAGGAGAAGCGCCCUGGACCCUCAGUCAGGGCCUGGCCUUGGCCGGGUGGUCCAGGCCCCUUCCCAGUACAGUCAGCGGCGAGAAUCCUUCCUGUACCGCCCCGACAGCGACUAUGAACUCUCACCUAAGGCCAUGUUCCGGAACUCUUCUGUGGCCAGUGACCUACAUGGAGAAGACAUGAUUGUGACACCCUUUGCCCAGGUCCUGGCCAGUCUGCGGACGGUUCGGAGCAACGUUGCGGUGCUAGCCCACUUACAAGGCCACAGGGCACCCAAGCAGGCAUCCAACGGAAACGCUCCAUCUGGCAGUCAGCCCCCUCCACCUACAGAGGACACUGAGCAAAAGGUGGCUUUGGAGACACUGGAUGAACUGGACUGGUGUCUGGAUCAGCUGGAGACACUGCAGACGCGGCACUCGGUGGGGGAGAUGGCCUCCAACAAGUUCAAGCGGAUGCUGAACCGGGAGUUGACUCACCUGUCUGAAACCAGCCGUUCUGGGAACCAGGUGUCUGAGUACAUCUCCCGAACCUUCCUGGACCAGCAGACUGAAGUGGAACUGCCCAGGGGGACCCCCACAGAGCCCCUGAGGCCCAUGUCCCAGAUCAGCAGCCUGCAUGGGCUCCCCCACAGUGCCAGCCUCUCCACAACCACCGUCCCACGCUUUGGGGUCCAGACUGACCAGGAGGGGCAACUGGCCAAGGAACUAGAAGAUACCAAUAAGUGGGGGCUUGACGUAUUCAAGGUGGCAGAGCUAAGUGGAAACCGGCCUCUCACAGCCAUCAUAUUCAGCAUCUUUCAGGAACGGGACCUGCUCAAGACAUUUCAGAUCCCAGCGGACACACUUGUCACUUACCUGCUGACCCUGGAGGGUCACUACCACGCUGAUGUGGCCUACCACAACAGUCUGCACGCUGCUGAUGUGGCCCAGUCCACGCAUGUGCUGCUGGCCACACCUGCACUUGAGGCCGUGUUCACAGACCUGGAAGUCCUGGCUGCCAUCUUUGCAAGUGCCAUCCAUGAUGUGGACCAUCCUGGGGUCUCCAACCAGUUUCUCAUUAACACCAACUCAGAGCUCGCGCUUAUGUACAAUGAUGCCUCUGUGCUGGAAAAUCACCACCUGGCUGUGGGCUUUAAGCUGCUGCAGGCAGAGAACUGUGACAUCUUCCAGAACCUCAACACCAAGCAGCGGCUGAGUCUGCGCAGGAUGGUCAUUGACAUGGUGCUGGCCACUGACAUGUCCAAACACAUGAACCUCCUGGCUGACCUCAAGACCAUGGUGGAGACCAAGAAGGUGACAAGCCUGGGAGUCCUACUGCUGGACAACUACUCUGACCGUAUCCAGGUCUUGCAGAACCUGGUGCACUGUGCUGACCUCAGCAACCCCACCAAACCACUGCCCCUGUACCGCCAGUGGACGGACCGCAUCAUGGCCGAGUUCUUCCAGCAGGGUGAUCGUGAGCGUGAGUCAGGCCUGGACAUCAGCCCCAUGUGUGACAAGCAUACGGCCUCGGUGGAAAAGUCCCAGGUGGGUUUCAUUGACUACAUCGCCCACCCACUGUGGGAGACAUGGGCUGACCUGGUACACCCAGAUGCACAGGACCUUCUGGACACACUAGAAGACAACCGCGAGUGGUACCAGAGCAAGAUCCCCCACAGCCCUGUGGACCCCAUGGGCCCUGAGCCGGGCGGCCCUGACAGAUUCCAAUUUGAACUGAUUCUGGACGAGGCAGAAGAAGAGGAGGAGGAGGAGAGAAUGUUGGCCCAGGAGUCGCCUGACACUGAGCUCUUAUCCCCUAAGGCCAGACCAGACCCUGGGGACUUAUGCCUGGACAGCCAGAGGACCAUGGACAAGCCCUGCAUGGACCAUGAGGGCAAUGUGAUGGCUGAGCCCUUUGGCACCUAAUAGCCGCUGGUGAAUGGGUAGACUUUCUAGGAAGAGGUCCCAAGUGACCCAUGCUUUGCCUUCUCCACACAGAGGGAGACAACCAAGCUUCUAGUUAUAGGCAAGUCUCAGGGUCAAAUUGGAGGCAUUUGUCUGGGGUCCACUCUGACCCUGGGCUCUGCUGAGAGAGCUCUCCUCCUCCAAAGUCAGCUCUGAAGCUGGGGCUGGGUCAGGCCCAACUUCUCCAGUGAUCACUUUUGAGCCACAUCCAUCACUUUAUUCUUUCAUUCUUUAUCAGAUGUUUAUUGGGCACCUCCAAUAUGCCAGGCCUGUGCCUGCUAUGUGUCUCUGGAGUAGCCCUGUGCAAGGGGGUGAGGAGUCAGCUCCAAGGAGAUGCUCUCCACAGGUGCCUCCCAUUCUUCUUCUGGGCAGCUCCCUACAGGAGAACGGCACCCUGAAUGGGAAAAUUUUUGGCACCAAAGCUUUGUCCAGUCCCAAGCCUGGCUCUGGAGCUCUGGAGGAGGGUGGUAAGAGAGCAGCAAAGAGAAGGCUCUGUGUGGGGGGCAUCUCUGAAAACUGAUGUGGCCUGUCACUGCUUGUGCAUUGGUUAUUGCUUUAAGUCACUGUAAUUUCUGUUUUCAGGGUGCACCUGCUCCCUGUUCUUUCUGGCUGCAGGACCUCCUGCUGGUACCCACCCACCACACACAUUAUCUCUCUUAUAGAACUGCAACAAAAACAUACAAUUCCCCCCCAUGGUGGGUCUCUGCAUCUCAUAAUUCUGAAGGUGCCCCAGACUCUCCUUAGGGAGGUCUUCUGGACCUCAGUUUCCCCCAAGUACUGGGGGAAACUGAGACCCAGAUCCUAGUUUGGGCCUGAUCUGGUCCUAUGGCCUGAUCCUAGGACUUGGGUAAACUUUGGUUGAGGGGUGGUGUCUCUGACUACCCUGAAAUAUCUUAGAAACGUGGAGUAUUGCAUGUUUCUCUGGGGUUAAAUAAAUCCUAUUACCCUAAACUAGCAUCAUGCCCAUUUCACAGAUGGGAAACUGAGGCAUGGAGCAGUCUUGUCAGCUCAAGGCCACACAGUUGGGCGAAGAACAUAAGCUAGCGGCAGGAGGCGUGGCUAAUUCGGGUGUUGGUCUUGCCUGGCUGGUUGCCCCUCCUGCAUCUUACCUGUUGGAGCUCAGCCUGGGGCGGGGGUGACCUCACCCCGGAGCAGGAAAGGAGGCUCUGCAUUCAAGUCUCAGGGUUUUUUCUGGUCUCUGGAAGGCUUAGUAUUUCCCAUACCCUUGCCUCCUUCCCAGAGUGCCUGAAAGUGUAUAUGUGACAGGUCUUUGCAGCAAUCUCUGGCUUUGAGAAUAGCUGGCUUCAUUUCUAAAUGAUUCCACUGAUAAUUCAUCAUCAUCACAAUUAAUGAUCAAAUUCCACAGAGGGAGAAUUAAACAUCAUCUGGGUCAUGAACUUGAUGCAUUUCCUUCCAGGCCUUUAAAAAGUAGAGAUUUAGGGGAUGAUUAUAAUUUUUUUUCUCCCUCCCCCUUACAAGUAAUAUAUGUUCACCAUAGAGAUUUGGAAAGAAUGGAAAUAUAUAAAGAAGAAAAUAAAAUUCUGUUAUAACCUCACUCAUAGACCAUCUGCCUUCAGCAUUACACCUUAUUUUCCUCCAGAUUUUUCUCUACACAUUCAUAAGAACACUCAUAUAUUCCCCUUCAAUUUGGGCUACAGACAUCCUCCUGCUUUUCCUUACUGACUGCACUCUACCCACACUGGCUUUCCAUACCUCAAGCAUGGCCCCACCUCAGGGCCUUUGCACAUGCUGUGCCUACCACCUGUAAUGCUUACCUUCCCACUCAUCCUCAUCCUUUGGGUUUCAGUUCAGCGACCUCUUCUCUGGGAAGUCCUCCCUGAUCCCCCAUCCCCGGCUGGCACUGGUGGAAUCUCUGGGGUAUUUUUUGAUUCAUGUCUGCCAUGCUCUCCAGACCAUAAUCCCAGGAGGCCUGGGCCAGGUCCACUGCUCCAUCCUCAGUGUCCCCAAAGAUGGACUUUGACAACUUCAACAAGUCCCUUAACCUCCUGAAGCCUUUGUAAUUUCACUGGUAAAACAGGCUCUUUGUGAGGGUCAAAUAAUUGCAACAACAGGUAAUGUUUGAGGGAAGUGUGAUCUGAGCCAGGAACUGAGAUACAUGCUCAAAGUGCAAAUCAAUUCUGCCUCUCUCUUCUCCUAUUUUACAGAUGUAGAAACUGAGGUCCACAGAGGGGGUGACUGAAAUCACUCACAUGCUCCAGGUCCCCUGUCUUCUCCUGUUUGGAGUUCUUGGCUUUGUGGCCCUCCCUAGACCCAAAGAGGAGGGUGGAAGAAGGUCUUCAGGGCCCCUUGGUACUUCCAGCCCUUGUGAAAUGGUAGGGUGACUCUCAGGACCUCAGUCUGCCCUCUGUUAAGGGAGAAAAUGUUGCCUGCUCCACCUCCCUCACAGAACUGGAGAGGAGCUGUCCUGUGAGCUUGUUUAGUAAGUUCCAGACUCAGGGCCUUUGCACUUGCCGAUUCCUCUGGAGCACCGUUUCCCCAUUCUCCUUGUGGCCAGCUCCUUCUCCUCCUUCAGGUUCCUGCUCAAAUGUCACUUCUUCAGAGAGGUCCUCCCUAAACUCCCUGGUCAAAGUCACCCUCCCUCCAAUCAUUCAUUCAUUCAUUUGUGUCAUAUUAUCACAGGACACCUACUGUGUUAUAGGUCUAGGUGCUCUCAGAGCUCACCGAUGGUUAAUU